CACGCGCAGCUUCGACGCGACUCGCUUCUCAGCUUCCGCCGGCUCUCGUGCAGAGGCACUGCACACCGCUUCAUUCAUUUUCUCUCCACUCGGGAAGGGCCAUCCUUGAGCUCUCGCUUGUUUUGUGAUCGGUUUUCGUUUGGUUUCCCGCAAACAAGCCGUUUUAACCUCGCUAUGGCAAACAAGGAGGAGAAAGCCGAAGGGAAGGAGUCGAGCUGGAAAGAUUUUAUCUACAACCCGCGGACGGGAGAAUUCCUGGGGCGCACUGCAAGCAGUUGGGCUCUCAUCUUCCUCUUCUAUUUGGUGUUUUAUGGCUUCCUUGCUGGGAUGUUCUCCCUCACCAUGUGGGUGAUGCUGCAAACACUGGAUGAUUACACUCCCAAGUACAGGGACCGAGUCGACAACCCAGGUCUGAUGAUCAGGCCCAGGUACCUGGAAGUCAUAGUAAACCGCUCUAACCCACAGCAGUACAACAAGUAUGUCCAGGACCUGGAGAACUUCCUCCUGGAUUAUAAUGAUACGCUGCAGGAGCAGAAUGUGCAAUGCCCAGAAGGCCAAUAUUUUUUGCAGGACGAUCCAGAAGAGAAAAAAGUUUGCCAGUUCAAGCGUAGUCAACUGCGUCAGUGUUCUGGCCUGGCUGAUACAACUUUUGGAUAUAGCGAGGGACAGCCCUGCGUGUUGAUCAAGAUGAAUCGGAUUAUAGGUCUGAUGCCCCGAGGACAGCCGUACAUCAACUGCACGGCCAAGAGAGAAAUUCCUCUGCAGAUGCAGUAUUACCCAACUGAGGGCCACAUUGACAAGAUGUACUUCCCCUACUAUGGCAAGAAAGCACAUACUAAAUAUGUGCAGCCACUGGUGGCUGUGAAGCUGCAGCUACAUGAGCAGGAUUAUAACACACCUCUGACCAUCGAGUGUAAGGUGGAGGGCUCCAACCUGCGCAACAAUGACGAACGUGACAAGUUCUUGGGUCGAAUCACGUUCCGUGUCCAUGUGACCAAGUAGCCUGGAUUGCUCACUGGAGCUGCACGAUGUCCAUCACUCGCAUCCCAGUCCCCCUACCCGUUCUCCUUACACACACUUGCGUGAGGUAGCCCCUCGCUCCUCCCAUGUCACACUACCUUCUGAAAACCUUAAGGGAGCUUGACAUUUAUCUGUACUGUACUCUGAAGGUAGGUUCAGAGUGGUGCAAUGGGCUGCUCAUAUAGCAAUGCGUGUGUGUGUGUAUGUAUGUAUGUAUGUAUGUAUGUGUGUGUAUGUGUGUAUAUAUAUAUAUAU